UGACGUAAGCCAGAGGGCGAAGGUCCGCAGCGAGAGGAGUAGAGGCGCCUCGUGUGAUUUCCAGCCGGGAGUGUGGUAAGCGCCCCCUGUUCCGACAGCAUCCCCGGGGCCUCCUGAAACACUCGGGGUCGCGCUGCUUAUCUCUCUUGGCAUCUUCCCCGCUGCAUUUCUCCGCCAACCCUGCUGAACGUGGCAGCUGACACGGGUUUCUUCUAGCAGGAACGGCGCCUGAACAAUGGUUCACCCCGUCAUAUGAACCCCUGGCAGUGAAUGGUGGCUCUGCUCUCAGGACUAAUACUUAAAGAAUUCUUGGAAUACUUUAAUAGCAUGUCAAAGGAUAUUGUUGGUUGUUGUUUUUUUCCGAGGGGGGGGAAAUACCCUGACAAAUACCCUGAACCUGCUCACUUGCAGGUCCAGAUCCACCAGUUAAAGACCAGUAGAUUCAGGCGAUUGAUUUUCUUGACACAUGUCGGCCCCCACCCGCACUGGGCUUUUCCUCCUUUGCUGUAACUUCUUGUGCAUGUGUAAUCCUUAUGACUCAAUAGCUAGCCUUAAGUAAUUAAAAUAAUAAUAAUAGCUAGCCUGUUUUGUCCUGUGGUUUCUGUGUCUCGAUUAUGACUUGUGAGAAGUUUUUCCCCUGUCUCUUGCUCUGUUGUUAGGUUGCUGCUUGCAGUGUAGACAAAUGAUGUUAUCUUCUUAUACUUGACCCUGGGACUGUGUAUGGAGCCUGCACAACUGGUUUGGUGACCUUUCUGCCCCACCUUCACCUUUGGUGGAGUGAAUGGCUGACUUAUCAGUCAGUCUGAAACAGCUGACGUAUCCUUCAUUUUCUGACCUUCCUUGACCUGGUCAUUAUUUUUAAUGCACAGUUGCACCUCAGUACAGUUGUGAGUGAACUACUGCACAAUUCUUUUCAGAAUUGCAUAGCUUUUCAGACGAACUCUUUCCAACUCUUGACUAACCAUUAAAGACUUUUGAUACUGUAAUAAUAUCUGUUGCAAGCACCACUAGGAAAUUGAGACAUAUCAUAGAGGCACCAAGAGAUUUUGGAUCUUUUGGACACUAGUUGGGACACAGGAAGUUUGAGAGCAACUGUGUGCUGGUCAUCUGAUCCCAGAGCUUAGUAUCUUAUGCUGUUGUAAAAUAGAAUUGAUUAUUUCUGCCCCAGCAACUUCUUAUUUCAGUGUUGUACCAGGACUUGCCGAUCGUAUGGUCGGCGGUUCGAAUCCCCGCGGCGGGGUGAGCUCCCGUCUUUCGGUCCCAGCUCCUGCCCACCUAGCAGUUCGAAAGCACCCCUAAGUGCAAGUAGAUAAAUAAGUACCGCUUUAUAGCGGGAAGGUAAACGGCGUUUCCGUGUGCUGCGCUGGUGCUGGCUCGCCAGAGCAGCUUCGUCACGCUGGCCACGUGACCCAGAAGUGUCUCCGGACAGCGCUGGCCCCCGGCUUCUUAAGUGAGAUGGGCGCACAACCCUAGAGUCGGACACGACGGGCCCGUACGGGCAGGGGUACCUUUACCUUUACCAGGGCCAAAAGAUAUUAAAAUAUGAAAGGAGUGGGGCCUCAAUACAGUAAUAGAAUAGUCAGCCCUGAUUUAGAAAGGACUUCAGUGACACUAUCCACACAAUGUUCUUCCCAGGUAACUGUGUAUGCAGGUGCACUUUCAUGAACCUGAGGGGAAAAGGUGUCUCCAGGAAUAAUUGACUUGACCUAAAACGGGCAAAUUUAGGGUUGUGCUUGUUUGUUUUAUUUAUUUCAUAAAAUGUAUUCAUUGCUUGAUUGCUAAAACAGACACACACAUACCCUCAAAGCUGUUUACAAAACAACCCGCUUGCUGCCCUACCAUGUAUUUAUAAUAAGGAAUAGAAGCCUUUAGCCUAUACAGUGGUACCUCGGGUUACAUACGCUUUAGGUUACAGACUCCACUAACCCAGAAAUAUUAUCUCGGGUUAAGAACUUUGCUUCAGGAUGAGAACAGAAAUCGUGCUCUGGCGGCGCAGCAGCAGCAGGAGGCCCCAUUAGCUAAAGUGGUGCUUCAGGUUAAGAACAGUUUCAGGUUAAGAACGGACCUCCAGAAUGAAUUAAGUACUUAAUCCGAGGUAUCACUGCAUGUCAUAUCUGGUAUAGGCUCGGAAUCAUAUGUUCCCCUAAGAAUUGCUGCCCAUGGAAAGGAGAAUAAAGGGUGCAACUUCACUGUCAAUAGGAGAAAUAGGAGAAAGCUGCACCUAUUGUAAAAAGUAUACUUUCUGUGUGUUACAGAGACAGAAAUCCAACCCUGGGGGGUGGGGGCUGUUUUUUGCAUUUGUCCCUUGAGGACAAAGGAGAUUUUUCAUAACUCCUCAUUGAAUAUAGAGAUAUAACAGCUGGAUGUGUUGUUAACCGUAGGAGUGGAGGGUCCCUUUCCAAAAAAGCUUGCUGAUUUUCUCUCUCUUUCUCCCUCAGAUCAUGCAGCCUGCUGAGACCUUUUCUGUGUUUGAUGCAGCUCAGAAUGCAGCUUUAAUGAAUGGACUUUGCCUUGUAACUGAAUCAUCAGGAGAUGUCACAUCGGUGGCCAUUCCAGGUACUGCUUUUAAAGGGCCAUAUAUCUGGAAAAGGGUUCUGGCCAAGGGUUCACCAGGUUUGCGGAGUUCAUGACUCAUGAGUUUAAAACUACGGUUGGUGAAAACACAUAAGGAUUUGAAACCACAGUUUGAUCUUGGCUUGUUCUUGGUAACCAAGCAACAAUUCCCGAAGCUCAAACAUCUUGGAAAACUUUUAGUUUAAAAUGGGAAUCAAAUGCUUCUGAUUUUAUCCUCAUGACCACAAAAAGAGGAAGCUGAAGGCUUUCUGUGGCUUAUUCAUGUAAUGAGAAACCAUGGUUUCCUUUUGUGUUUGUUAGUGUGUCACUUUAUGACAUCAUCAGUGUGCCGCUUUAGUAAUUUUGCAUCUUUGUCAAUUAGUUUAAACCAGUUAUGUUUAAACUAAAUACUGGGGCUGUUUGUGUAUUCCAUCCAGGAUUCUUCCUAUUGAGGUGUUAGUGAUACUCUCUCACACACAAUAUUUCUCGAUUCCUUUUUUUGGGUUUUCAUUCUAAUGUUUAAGAUUUGCAGCCUUCUGUAUCAGGAUUUUCACAUUCUUAAGUCCCUCAGAAUUUGCUGAGGUGUUAUACAUUUGAGUUGUGUUAAAUAAAGAUUUACAUUCCUUCAUACAUAACUGUAUUUGUGCCAGUAACUGUGUUCAUUUUCAUUCUGUUCACUACAGUGACUAAGGGACCAGAUCGACCUAGUAGGAUCUUAGAAGUGUCAGACAGGAUGUACUGCUCUGCCUGCUCAAAAGCCUUUGACAAUAGAGAGGAGCAGGUGGGUGUUGCUGAAUGUUUUUGAACAAUGCUUUCUGUGGGAACAGGAUGGUGCAAAAAUCCAUUUGUCUCUUGUCCUCAGAUGAAAUGCAGUAUCCAGUAGAUCAACAGCAUGAAUCUGGAUAUGGCCAGUGGGACAGAUCCUUAUCUCUAUUACUACUCCUACUCCUACUACUAUUAUUUAUUAAAUUUGUAUACCGCCCUAUACCUGCAGGUCUCAGGACGGUUCACAGGAUAAAAUCACAAUAUAAAAACACAACAUACAUAAUUAAAACAAAAACAACGCAACAACACCCCUCCCCAAAUUAACCUACCCUACUCUCUGCACUGGCCAAAUUUGACAGGUGGGUGGAGCCACCUCUCCUUUCAGUCACCUCACAAUGACUGGUGAUAUAGUGCUUUAAAGUUCCAACAAUCAGUUGAUCAUCAGGGCUUCAAAGUGUUGUGUAGUUUGAUCCUGUACACUGCACUCUUAUCAGCUGGUCAUUGGGACUUCAAAGCUGAAAUGUUUGCACUGACAGAAAAACCAGUGUUGAAUUACUCCCACAGUUAAUAUAUAAAAGGGAAGCUAUAAGUAACAGCUUGCAACAUUGUUUUAUCAAGAGAUGGCCCUUGUUUAUUCAGUACUGAAUGAAAAAGUGAUAGAUAAUUUUCUACAUAAAAUUGUUUCUCAUUGAUAUAACACAUUCUUUCUCCCCUCUCUUCCUUUUGGCAUUUUUGCUUUUUUGAAUGUCAAAGUAUAAAAAUAUAAAUUAAAAAAGUAAUAUUAGAACUCUGAAUCACCUAAUAAAGCUGAUUGAUGAAAGAUUCAGGGCAGACAAAAGGACUUCUUCAUAUAGUUAAAACUAUGCAAUUUUUUCUCCUGGGAUGUAGUGAGGGCCACAAGCUUGGUUGGCCUUAAAGAGGAUUAGACAAACUCAGGGGUGGGGAACUGGAUCCAGUCUGCAGGCCAGAUCCUUAAUUCCGCCAUCCUCCCCAGGCUAAUUUCUUUAACCAAGCUGUAACUGCUAGGCAGUUAAUCUGUGGUUGUAGCAAGCUUCUUUGUUGUCUGUUUGCAGGUGCAGUUUGGAUUCAAAUUGCACCCGCAAAGGACUUCAAAGGGACUUGCUGCAAGGCUUUUUUAAGGUGCGCUGUCAGUCAAAGUAUGCCUUCAAAGAUGCUCAUUAACAGUGCUGCUCAGGACUGUCAGCAAACCUCACUUGCAAAGGGACAAUCAAGCGCUCACUUCAAGCUACCAAUUGUUCUUUUGUAAGCAUCUGCUUACCUGCCCCAAAUCUCAUGUCACAUAUGAAGUGAGGUUUGGAAGUGGGCAUGUUGAAGAAAACAGCCUCAUGGAUCCAAUUAGACCCAUGAUUUGAAGAAUCCCCACCCCUGUAAUAGAGAAUAAGGCUAUCAAUGGCACCCAGUCUUGAUGACUAUGUUCUGCCUCUAUUAUCAGAGGCAAUAUGUCUGAAUACCAAUUGCUGAGAAUCACAAGUGGGGAGAGAGUUGUUGUGCUCAGGUCCUGUUUGCAGGCUUCCCAUAGGUAUCUAAUUAGCCACUGUGAGAGCAGAAUGCUGGACUAAGAUGAACCUUUGGUCCAAGCUAUCAGGGCUGCUCUUAUGUUCCUAAGAUUUCAAGUCCCCCAAAUCACAACAAAAAUAGGAUUUUGUAUGAUGGGAAUUGUAGUCCCUAAACUCAUAGUAAUAACUGAUAUGCAACUUCCAUAUUGGACUGACCCAGAUACUGUUUUAUGUCCUUAAUUAAGCACUCAGUAUUUCAUGAUCAAUGCAAAGAGGUGCUUUUGCCUUCCCUAUGCAGCCUGAGAUAUAGAUGCCGAACACUGAACCAGUUACUACUGUGGCCUAUGUUGGCUCUCCCACUGUCCCUUUCUUUUCCUGUUCAGACUGAGCAUUAUCGACUAGAUUGGCAUCGUUUCAACCUAAAGCAGCGGCUCCUGGGUCACCGCAUGCUCACAGCUGAAGAAUUUGAGGCAAAGACUCAAGCAGGUGAGAGGCACAUGAUAUGGGUUCAAUAGCUGAGAGUCCUCCAUUGAGGCAGGUUGGACUAGAUGACCCUUGGUGUCCCUUUCAACUCUAAAAUUUAUUAUUCUAUGAAUACUACUCAAGAGCUCUGAUGGUCCUAAUGAGCUCCAUUUUGCCUUAACAAAGAUUCCAAGCAUCCAGCUUCACAGGCAUUCAUUAACAGACUGGGUAGAAUAAGUCUCAGAUGGGUGCCUUAGACUCAGUCUCAUCCAGCAUGGGAUGCUAGUUCAUUUCAGUUUAUUACUAUAAUGACCCCUUUGGUUUGACUCUAGCUAUGACAACAUACUCCAUUAGUCAAAUGUAUGUCCAAAGGAGCUCAGUCGUCUAGAUCCACACAUAUAUUUCCUCCCUGCUGUGGUCCUGAGCUGUCUUAAGUAGAUAAUUUUCCAGCUUUACCAGUCCAGACUGUCUUCUUUGCAUGAGAAUGCUCUGUCUUUCUGCCUUGUGGGCAGGAGUUUCAGAUUUAAAAUUCCAGAAAUAGGAUCUCUGGAAUCCGUUACAUGAUGCACUUCCUUCUUGACUGUGUGAUUUUCUUUUCUGUUACUACCUUGGUCCACAGGUGAUGUCUCCAGCAUCUCUGGGUCGGAUUCCAGUGACUCUGACUUGGACAAUGAAUCUGAACCACCCAACAGUGAAGGCAGUCAUCGGAGCCCCUCUCCAUGUCGACGCUCCCAGCGGGUUCUGUUCAGAAAUGCCCAAGGCCAGCUCAUCUCAGUUUAUCGCUGUGUGCUGAACACUAUGAAGGCAUGUCACAGGAUAACAAAGCAAAGAGCCUACUGGACCUCAUUCCUUUUCUUGCUUUUUUAGUUACCAGCUUUUCUUCCUGUUUUAGUUACCAGCUGUCUCUCACCAAAUGAUAAAUGCCUGUCACGAACACACACGCACCAAGAGGAUAAUGCUGUGGCCAGGUUUUAAAGGAAGUCUAGUGUCUGUUGCAAUAAGCAUAAAAGCGGUUGGUCUUAAUUUUCCAACCUACUGUCUUGCUUUAAUUGCAAACUCUUCCUCCCAAGCAGGUAUUAUAAUUUCAGCCAGUUGGGACUGUGUUGGCUUGUUGCCAUAAAUGUGUGGGUUUCUCUCUUAAGUCCUGCACAGUUCCUCUAGUCACCUGACUGACUUUUCCUUGCCCAUUAAUUUUUAACAUCAAGCUGGCCCAUUUUGCUUUCCUGAUAUUACUCUUUCUCAUAACUGUCAACUUUUCCCUUUUCUUGUGAGGAAUCCUAUUCGGAAUAAGGGAAUUUCCCUUUAAAAAAAGGGAAACGUUGACAGCUAUGCUUUCUGUUUUGUAACUGAUGCUUUCCUAGAAAAAACCUAAAUUUCUGCAGGAUGAAAGAAGCAUUUCCCCCACUUCCAAAACUCUGUGGGAAGGGAACAUCCCUUGAAAUCCUUUUGUCUGUUUGGGACCAGCUAACACCCUGCCCAUCCCUAUUUAACAGCCAGGCUGAAAGCUGCUCUCAUUGCUCAGUCAGUAACCUCUUGCUAACUGAAGGGGUCUUUUGUCCAUCCAGGGCAGUGUGGAGGAGCCUGAAGAGCUAGUGGUGUCCCUUCAGAGACAGAGCUCAGGAACCUCCUGGGUGAUCCUAAUGGCUGGCGGGGGACACUUUGCAGGAGCUGUCUUUAAGGGGUAAGAAUGCAGAGGGGCAUGUCUAUCAUGCGGGUCAACUUGCGAGCUGUAACAUCUGCCUUAAGAGUGUGGCUGUGUCAGAAGGCUGAUAAACCAUGAUCCCACAUGUGCUUCCAGGCCAGCGUUAAUGCUCAUCUCAUGGUCUCCACUAAGCAGUUUCCUGAAAGUUCAUGAAGAGAGAUAUUGGGUGGGUGGGGAAUGUAGAGUGCUUUACAUUUGUAAUCUGUUGGACCCCAUUCAAGGUGCAAAUCAGAUGAGGAACCUGUGGCCCUCCUGAUGUUGGAUUCCAACUCCCAUCAACCCCAGCCAACAUGACCAAUGCUCAGGUGGAUGUUGGAGCUGUAGUCCAACAUCAUCUGCAGGGCCACAGGUUCUCCAUCCCCCAGAUUCAAGGAGUUUAUCAGUAGGCAGGAAGGCUAGAAGUGGACGCAAAGCAUAAUCAUGAUGAGGCAAAGCAAAUUCAGCCAAGAACAACCACAUAAUGUGUGUGUGCAAAAACAGUCUCCACUCAAUACUGACUCACCAGCACCUCCUCCCUGGAGAAACUUGAGGUCUUCAUGGAUGCAUGCAAUAUAAAGCAGCCCAUUUUGUGAGCUUGAGGAUGUGAGAUAAAAGGUCUUCAUCCUUUCCUAAGCCACUUCAGCCUAACACGAACGAAGACAUCUGAUCCAUCCAUCUCAAUAUUGCCUACAAAAGAGUGGGGAACCUGUGGCCCUCCGGAUAGUGUCAGACUACAGAGCCCCAUCAUCCCUGACCAUUGGCCAUUCUAGUUGGGACCAGUGGUGGUUGGAGUCCAGCAACAUCUAGAAGGCCUCAGGUUCCAUGUUCCUGGUAUGGAUAAAACCUUAGUCCAUUUUGGCUAGACUUGGUUCCUAGUGAAGACAUUCAUGCUAAGAUGAUGAUUCUGGAUGUCGGUCUUUGCUGUAGGCUUACCGUCACUUUCUUUCCAGAAAUGAGGUGCUGGAGCAUAAGACGUUCCAUCGGUAUACAGUGCGAGCUCGCCGAGGGACAGCCCAAGGAGUGAGAGAUGCUCAAGGGUCUAUGCCAAAAUCAGCUGGGGCCACACUGCGGCGCUACAAUGAGGCUGCCUUGCUCAAGGUGAGUGCGGACCCUAGUAGAACCAAGGGUGAAGACACAAAAUGAAAAGGUGACAGCUAUUUGAGAGCUUUGCUGUUUGAGUAAGAUUGUCCCAGCUGUUCUGCCUUCACAAAGGAAAGAUGCAGUUGACUUUUACUGCAAGUCUAUGCCAGUUCUUGUCAGUAGUCUGUGCAUUAAAACAGUGACAGAAGAGGAGGAUAGACCACUCUAGUCCCAAUGAUGUAGACCAGGGCAGGCAAUGUGGUGUCUUCCAGAUGCAGUCCAUCAAUGAGUCCCAUCAUCCUUGACCAUUGGCCCUGUUAGCUGGGGCUGAUGGGAGUUGGAGUCCAACCACAUCUGGAAGGCAUUGCACUGGGUAUCUCUAAGUAAUCCCUUCUUGUUGCAGAUUCCAUAUUGAGAAAUGAAGCUCUUCCAUACCAUUCAGACUGUUUCUGCAUUCUCUCUUUUGAAAUGAUAUAUUUUAUGUAUAAAUGGCACUGGGGAUCUCUUGGAAAUAGGUGACCAAUGGUUACAUUCAGACCCUAUGCAACUCAGCCUUCAUUGUGGUUACUUCGGCUGCACUAAAGGCCUACCUGUUAUACUUGUCUUUUCCUGCAGGAUAUUCAGGAGUUGUUGGCCAGCUGGACAGGGCAUUUGCAAGGAGCAGAGUGUAUCUUCCUUCGUGCCCCUCGCACCAACCGAGCUCGGUUUUUUGGCAGCAAAAAUAGCCCUCUUCAGCGAGAUGAUCCCCGUAUCCGGGGCAUUCCUUUCAGCACCCGGAGAGCCACCUUCCACGAGGUGCAGCGGGUGCAUGGGGUUCUGAGCAGUCUGCAAGUGUAUGGUGAGCACAGCUUUUAGUCCCCAAGUACUUGAAAUGAUGCUCCAAAGUCUUUGUGUAUACUGUUUCAGACUAUAAUCUUGGUUCUCGCCUAGAGAUGUGGAGGCCCAGGGAUGGGGUGGAGUAUUGGAGUGUGUGUGUCAUUUCCCUCCCAUAUCUCUAUUCUGACCUUGUUUGUUUCUUUUAGCUCUUUUGCUCUUGCUGGAAUUGGGCCACUGUGAAUUGUCUAUCUAGAAAUCUGCCAUUAGGAGUGGGAGUGGAGGGUAUGAAACCAAGAGGAUUUCCAUCCUAGAAAACACCAUUCUGAUUCUUUUGGCAGGCAAAGACACAGCAGUGGCAGAUUUGAUUUCCUCCCCUCGGAAGAGCUGGAAAAAGGUCCUUCCUUUGGAUGAAGCAUCUUCACAGAGUCAAGACACUAGUGAGUUGGAGAGCCUUGCCCUUGUAGCAAUCCUUCAUCCACUGCAGAUGCUAUGUUCACUUUUUACCAUCAUAAUUACCUAGGCUAUUGGGUGGAAAGACCACUAUGGGCUGCUGAAAGCAGUAAAGCAGGGGAUUCUGCCUCCACUGGGAAAUGGCUUUAUGGAGAGCCCUGAAAGAGGGCUGCAGGCAGGAAAAUGCUGAAAUCACGAUGGUGGCUGCUAAUGUGUAGGAUGUGAUCUAACAGUGGCUGCAGUUCAGCUGACGGAGGACUGAUAGGCUGAUUUGGAUCACCUUCCAUACCCCAAUCCUCAAGUUCAUUGAAUGAUCCCUACUUUGUUCAUCAGAAGCUGAGAAGGAAAGGCUUAACCACGAUCCCGUUUUUCUUACAGUCUCUGCAGCAAAGCCAGAGGAGGAGAAGGAGGAGGAAGAGAAAAGUCUACAGCAGCUGGAGUUGGUAGAGCAGACACUGAGUACACUGGAACUCCGAGAAUUUGAAGUGGAACCAAAAUUAAAUCGCAAGAAGAGAAGGAAGAAACAAAAAACACUGAUGGGUAGGUGGCUGAGGUAAUGGACCUAUUAUUAGGUACAGAUAGUGGGUGCAUUCUCUUUCUAGAAUGGCUAAAUUAUUUGCCUGCCUUGAGAGACACCGACCAGAGCCCCACAGUUUGGUGUCCUUGGCAGCUGCUUCCUAUCAAGAUGCAGGCUCCCAGGAUAAGAAAGCCAUGAUGGGCCCUGGGCCAUAAUCUAGAGGGACCUUAGUUCACAGAAAGUCAGAAGCUACAACCCAGAAACUGAAAUACAGUCCGUUUGGGAAGAAAGUUGUGCAAGCAUUGGAUAUUCCAUUAAAGCAAACCCCUGGGACAAACUGCAUUCAGCAUUUGCAGAAAUAGCAACAUCUUACCUGAUCAAAGCACCGCUGUCUCUGUUAGGUAAUCUGUUCUAGGUGAAAAAUGUGCAAUAGAAGAAUGGCAACCAACAUGAUAAAAUAGAACACAUAGGAUUCCUGUAGACAGAGGUGAGGUGGAGGGGACAUUGCAUUAUGGGGAAAUCAGUUUUGUACUUGCCGCAAGAGAGUCCACCCUCUUCUACUUUCUGGGAGGCAGUGCUUUCACACCUUUGCUCUGCUUUCUUUACUCAUGAGGACUGGGGCUUUAAAGUGAAAUCUGAUAGGUGUGCUGGAUUUCAUUAUACUACCUGCCUUUCAUGGGAUGACUUGUGUGGCUGAAGAGGAGCCACCGCAGACCCAGAGAAGUCAGUGUCAGCUGAGAUGGUUCCAAAGAUUUAAGAGACCGCAAAUGAAGGUUGUCUUAAACCACCCUUCUAAAUUACCCCUUCUGAAUCUGCAUCAUCUCAAUGUUAUAGGUUGGACUGCAUCCAUCUCUAGUCUUAAGGUUAAAAGCAGGAGCUGCUGCUGCAGCUUUGGAGUCAGAGCAGUGCCGUUGAUGAUCAGCUGUUCCCAUGCAGAAAAAGGGAACCGCAGUUCUCCUGUCUUUCUGUUUGUGUGGAACAGUAUCAGCAUCACAAAACUGAUGGUUCUCUGGGACUGCUCUCCUCAUGCUGCAUCCUAUUAGCCAUGAUGUUAGUGACACUUGGAGCAAGUUGGGAGAGAGGGGUGGGCUUUUAGAACAUGGGUCCUGCAUGCUGGUUAGUUCAUCUGAAUCCAUCAUUCAUGCAUUUCUGGGUCAUUCCAGACAAAGUUACGGGGAUCAGAAUGGUACUGAUAGACUAAAAUGAACUGGACAGGAAACAACACCUUGCAUGUUCUUUCUUUUGAAGCAGAGUCCUCCACUGAGACUUCAGGAGGUGUGAAAGAGCCCAAGGCUUUGUUGCCCAGAACAGAGGAGUCACCCAAGACCCAGAAUUGUCUGAAAUAUGAUGGUGAGUUUGGGGGUGGUUGUGUGAGCAUCAGCAAGAUCUGCACUUCCCCACUCCGUUUUCUAAUAAGGGGUUCUACAACAAAUAUUGUAGGUUGGAAGCCUGUGCUGGUUAAGGGAGUGGCAAAACCAAGACUUGACAUUCUGUUUACCCUUAGAGGUAACAUGGAUAUUUCAUGGUUAAUGUGAGACUCUUCCUUCCUUCCUCUAGGUCUUAGCACAUCGUUACAAGAUGCCUUGUUCACAGCGUGUAAGAUGGGAGACCUGAAGGCACUACAGCAUCUUCUGGGGAGAGAUAAUAGCACAGCAGAUAAAGCAGAUGACUGCAAUGGUAUCACCCCGCAGCAAUUGCUCAACUCACCCCUGGAUGAGAGUGGCUGGACCCUUUUGCAUGUGGCGGCAGCAGCUGGAAGGAGUACAGUUGUGCGGCUGCUGUUGGAGAUGGGGGCUGAUCCAUCCCUUAGGUAAUGCCCAGCUUGAGAAGACUAUAUUGAUGCCUAGAGUCCUAAGACUUGGUUCUUGAGUUGCACUUCUGCUCUUUGAGUCAGAACUGCUGACCCCAUGAAAUUCAAGCUGCUCCUCUUGAGUGUCAGCUGUCCUUGACUCAGUUACACAUUAAGUCUGAGCCCAGGUCUUUCAGAGGUAUUGAGAAUUAGUUGUUCUCAAAGGGCCAGAGCACUUGAGGGCCACUUUGUCCAAGUACCUAUGCAAGCAUAGGAAGCUGGAGGACAUUCCACUCUCUGGGACAAAUUUCAAAUCUGUUCAUAGCCUGGGAUGGUUUGGGCUUCUCUCUCACUUCCAGUACCCAGUCGUAGAAGCAACAAAAGUGAUGUGGCACAUGCUGCUUUCAUUUCCCAGCAGUGUCAUCUUCUACAGUGGUUAGGGUUGCCAUAUUUCCAAAAGAAAAAACCAGAGCACCCCAAAAGCCCCCCAAAAAGUGAAUUUUCGAUUGACUUGCCUAGGAUCCAGGGCAAAGCGCUGCCUUCUGGAAAUUCCCCCCUGACGUCAAUUCCCCAGUAAUGUCUGGGGAAAUCUGGAUGUAUGGCAGCCUAACUGUGGUGUAGGUCACAGAUCUGGACCUAAAGUUACAUUGUGUUUCCUCCCCAGGGACAGACAGGAACAGCCUCCAUACUGUGUUUCUGCCAAUAAACAAACUCGUAAUGAAUUCCGUAGGUUCAGGGGUGAACAGCCUGAGAAAUAUGACUACGACCGGGCUCAGGUGGGUGGAUGUAUGUUUGAAGAAUGCUCUGGAUGCAUGUAUGAAGAAUUGGAAAGUGUCUAGUGUGGACGCUUACACUUGUGAAUAAAUAGAAAGCAAGUGCAAGUUGAUCAUCCUGGGCCAAGCCAGCUGCCCACAGAAGACUCCUUAUCUGUUCUUGUAUGUUACUGACCUUGGACAGUUUUUGAGUUGCACAGCUUGCAGUUUAAUAAGGGAAGGCUUGAUAAGAAGAAUUCCAGAGUCCUUUUUGUCUUCCUUCCACUAAUUCCCACAUAACUUAACUAUUUGGGGUGGGGGGCUCUUUUAGACCCUGCCACCUGUACCCAUCCUUUGCAUAUCUCUCUGGAAUCUCACACUCAGUGCAAAAGGCAUCCUGGAUUUCUCUUAAUCAAAUGCUCGCUCAAGCAGGCAUUGAUUUAAGUGAAAGAUACCUUUGAGAAUGUGUAUGAAGGACUUUUGUGUGUGUUUGUUUAAAUCUCCCAGCUCUAAAUAUGCUAUUGGAGUGAGCAGAGAUGGGAAGGAAAUGAAUUUUGAUGGUGUCUAGGGACUUUGCAUCCAGAGAUGUAGUAGGGCAGCAGCAUACACAGAACAAAGGGAGACUCAAGCCCCUUUCAGGGUCUUUUCUGGCUACCUGCUGCUGGGACCAGGCCCUUUUCUGCUGGAUCCACAUCUACUGUGUAAUUGCAGGUGCCUGGACCCCUGACGGCAGAAAUGGAAGCCAGACAGGCAGAACGCCGCCAAGCACAAAAGGCCCAGCGGAAGCAGCGUGAGAAAGAGAAACGAGAGGCACAACAGCUGCUUGAGCAAGAAGAGGACGAGAAACGGUGCUUUGCCCUGCUGAGUGAUCGUGAGAAGGUGAGAGCCUAAGACUCAGGUGACUCAAAGAAGAAAAGGCGGCUUAACAGAUGAUGGCAUCACUUCUGGUGCUACAAGUUUCCUGAUAUGAUACAUGGCAUCAUCUGCUGUGCUGAUCACAGAGAGCUCACUUGACCAAUGUUGUCCGAGAGAAGCUGUGGUUUCAUGUAAAGAAAAGAUUUUGCUGUUUCCUUAUCCUGACAGUUGGUUAUAUUGGGUCAUCCCUGUUGGUGUGGAUAUCCUUCUAGUUCUAGCAUCUCCUGAGAAAGACACUUGAUAAGACUUAUUAUACUGUUUUUCCUGAACCAGGCAACAUCGGCCACUUUGGAGUGUUUUUGUUGCCAUUUCUGAACCCAUCUUUGCAAGACAACCAGAAUGGGUUUUUUGUUUUAAAAUGUAAUGAGGAUCUUGAAGAUCUACUUAAUGUUGUCAUGCUGGGAUAUGUCCUGAAUCUAGGUAGGCAUCUCUGUCUUUUCCAUGGACAUGACCUAUAUUUAAGAAAGGCCUCCUGAGAUAGAGAAUAACUCACAGAUCUGUCCUACUUCCUGAGUCUUUGCUAUACAGCCAAAGUUACCUUGAGAAAGGAAUUUGGAAGCUGCUACUCUGAACCAGUCUGUUCCUGCUCUGUAAGCUGCCUGUGUUAUUCUGAUGGACUUAAAUAUCAUAGGGCAUUUCUGCUGCAUUUUACUAAAAUACUUACGCCCUCCUGUUAGGAAGAUCUCUGGUGAAAUCUGUUUAGUUUUUAGUUUCCACAAGCUCCCUUGAAUAAAAGGAACAUGGCUAACUCUGGACUUAGUAUGUGACAUACAAGCAGAUUGCUUUUAUAGUUUGACCCAGCUCUGGAACAUCCUUGCACAUCCUCCUAAAUGAACCACUUGUUUUACAUAGGAUUUUGUACAAUGGGAUGAAGACACUUCUCCCUAUAGACCCUGGGGGACAGUUCUUUGUUGUUGUUCCUAAUAGUAUGUGUGUAUUUCUUCUUAGCGUGCGUUGGCGGCUGAGAGGAGACUUGCUUCCCAACUAAAAGACUCCAGUGCAACUAUUACCAAUACCAGGUAAGGUGGGUGAGUGGUGUGUUCCUUUUUGGCAUGACCUCCAACUACAAUGAUUCCAAGCUCAUGCUGUCUCUUUGGUAUCUAUAGGCGCUGUUGGCUAUGUGGAGAGUCGCUACUAGGACGCAUUCCCUUCCAUUACCUUGACUUCUCCUUCUGCUCCACGAACUGUCUGCGAACUCAUCGACAAUCAAAUGCUGCCCUGUCCUAGCUAGAGUUUUUUAAAUUUGGGCCUUAAUGAUCUACUUCCUGGAAUCUGAAUGGAAAUAAAAAAUCUAGUCUAUGACUGCUGUCACUUAGAUGAGGAAGUGCAGCAAAAACAUAUUAAUUGCUUCCGUGUACUCUAGAGGAGGCUAACCUGGGCAGCUGGUACCUUACUGGCUGAUAAAUGACACCUCUAAAAGGUCUUUUUCUUCCUUUUUACACUGGAAGCAGGAUUUUAUGUGUGGGAGAUGGGGUUGGAGGAGGCAUUGGAAGACUGCUUUCCAUUAGGAAAGGAGUACAGGUUCCUUUUAGAGACUGGAGAAAAGAGGGUGGGGCACUGGUUUCUUUGCUAGCUCCAAGUAUACCAAUGUUAACAGAAUCCUCGUGAGAAAUUUUUUCCAGGAAAAGAACUAUUUGAUCAGUUCCUCAAAUUUUAUUCCUCAAAUAAAAUAAUAGCUACAGUAACAUGGACCUGCUGCUAUCUCUAGCCCUGACUAUGUCUAAAAGUUACUGCAAAACAAGUUAUACAAGAAGGCUUAUGAGUCAAGAUACAACAAAUGUCCUUUUUAAGGU